AUGCUUUGCGUCGUCGUCUUCUGUACGCUGCUCACCAGAAUGGCGUCAUUCGGCGCCGUGCCCGCCUACGUCAGAACUCCUUCUCUUCAGAUUAAGUGUGUUUGGCAAUCAAAUUUAAUGCAAUUGUCGCUGGAUCAAACGACGUCAAAAUAGAGUGAAACUGAAAUUUGAAAAAGACCACGUGAGUGAUCUGACCUCAACUUGAGUGUUUCUUUUUCUUUCAAAGGAAUAUGUUCAAACUUUUUCCCGGUUCGUUAAGAUGAAGACACGUUGCUAGGACGUGCGCGAAAGGAAAGAUAACGAAAGUACUGGCUAAUUUUCGAAUCGUCGUUAUAACGACGGGAAUUCGACAGACUAUAAAAUCACAGAAAUUUUCCAAUGAAACUUGGCAUACUUCAAAAUACAAAAUAUAUCUGAUUAAGAGAAACAGCAGGAGGUUCCGAGGAAUUCCUCAGAGACUUUCUGUCUGCUCUAGCCAACGAAAGUCUCACUUCUGUGGAGUUGGUCUCAGAUGAUCCGGUUUUGGAGAAUGGCACAUACAGAAUCGAAAACUCCUCGGCGUUUUUCGAGUGAGCUUCGGACGGCCAGCUCCACAGUACUGGACUUCACCUCAAGUGUUUAGAUUUGGUCAAGUUCGGUACUUCUGGACAUUUGAAGACUACAACACAACAGAGUUCGAGAACAACAACGCGUGGACUUGCUCAUUUUCAACGAAUGACUCUUCUUUUCCAAACGUUAGAGAAAGGACUUUCAAAGAGUAGAUUGUAGUGCAGGUGGAGUUUGUGAAUGGCUCACGGCUCGAGAAAAUCUACUUUGGCUGCGACGGCGGCAGCGAUUGCUGCGGCCUCGAGUGUUGCAGUGACGACGUCUUCUUCAAUAUUGUCAUGUCAGUUCAACGUCGCCCUCAGCUAAAUCUCAUUUUCCAGUCGCUCUCCGAAUUUCAUAGACUCAUUAAAGGAUUUUAUCGCUAUAAAGCAAUCGAUCAAAAAAAAAACCUAUAGGCUAAUUUUCACGCCAGCUUGUCGAUUUUCAUCUUCCUCCAAACCACAGAACAUCCCGGAAGGCUCCCUUUGAACUCGGCCUGUCUAUUUGCACGCGCCCUAUUCUGCUCAUCUGCUAUAUUAAAGGCGCAUACACACACUAAGAAUAACUGACGAGAUAAAUGCGAGCUCGGUGGCGGUACAUUGACUAACUCGCAAAAAUGUCGCUUUUUUCUAGGCGCGAUCCCGCAUUUAUCUCGGCGCGACCUCGCAUUUUUCUCGGCGCCAUCUCGCAUUUAUCUUGCAUUUCGGAAAUUUUCAAAUUGCGAGAGAAAUGCGAGCUCGCGCCUAGAAAAAUGCGAGCUCGCGCCCAAACAAAUGCGAAACCGGCGCGAGAAAAAAUGCGAGAUGUUUGCGAGCUCGUCAAUGUACCGCCCACAGCGUUCUAAAACGGGGUUCACGAAAAAAGAGGCGCACACUAUUCUCAAUGGAGCGCGUAACUUGGAGCGUUGUCAAUCAAAAUCAAGGUGCUUUUUUUUCUUUAAUUUACAUGCUAUUAACUUUUUUCGAUUGUUUUUUGAAGUAUUUUUUUUGUUUCUAUGCACGUAAAUUUUUAAUUAAUGUUUUUAAACGUAUUAGAAAGUUUUUAAAGUGUCCAUAGCUCGUUAAUGUGUCGAAACGUUGUUUAUAAAAGAAAAUACUGUAUCCAAGAGACAAAACCGAAAAUCGAAAUUCCAACUCCAGGAAUCGAUCACAUUAUCAGUUUUCAAUUACUUAAACAGGAAAAAAAGAAUACAAAAUCAAACCUGAGUUAAAAAUUUCGACUUUCGUGAACAGAUCAAUUAUGUAGUCCUUUGAACCAAUCAAACCACAAGAAAAUAAACUGCGAAAUUUUAAGAGAGUUAUAGGAAAUGACUAGCAACAUUUGGAAACUAUAAAUGUCAGGAAAAAAAAAUGCUAGCCUUCAAACAAUCAAAAAAUCCGGACUCUUAAUUACGACGCGGAAAAGACGAUUGUUAGCCACGCCCACUCAUGCAACGUCCGCAUGCUUUUCAGGAAAGGGGCGGGAACCCCGCUUUAGAACGCUGUGCGCCAGUGUCUCGCGUUUAUCUCGGCAGUUAUUCUUAGUGGAUAGCUGGCGCACAAUAGGCUAUAAAUACAAUGUCGAUGAUUUCAGAGUAGUCGUGAUCAGUCUUUCACUAGUCUUGUUGCUCGUGUGUAACGUCGUUCUCGGUUUCAAAAAAAGACAAGGUUUGCCAUCAAAAUAUUCGAAAAUAUUAUAGAGACUUUCAUAAUUUUGUUAAUGAAACUUCUUUUUUUUUAAUGAGGGCUUCUGAAAAACCUGCGGGAAUGUCAAAAAUCGUUUUUUUUUCUCCAGGGAAGGGAUAAGAAGAAAAUUAAAAACGAACUAUACUUCGUUCUCAACUACUUAAAACAGGCGGGCUUAUCUGCGCUCUCCUUUCUCUCGCAGGCAAUCUUAAUUUUAGGUUUUUUUUUCGUUGUUUGAUGACCCUGAAUGUGAAGAAAAUUAGAGCGGACACUCUUCAGACUGUUUUAUGCUGUGGCGAAUCCGAUAAAUGAACUUCCGAUUCAAUUUUCUAAUCGAGCUUUUAUUGCAGCAAAACGCCGCAACCACAAAGUUCUCUACGAAGUUCCGAGAAGUACGGGAAACGAAGAAGUCAUCGCCGAGUCACAAAUUCAUAUUCGGACAACCUAG